AUGCUCGUGGAAAAGAUUAACAAAUAGUAGGCUCUGGCAGUUUUCUGUUUACUCAACCAAGCAUUCAAGAUACGUCAGUGCUCCUAGAAAGAUCGGGCGAGAAGUAUAACUUUUAUUAUCACCGGGAUCGUGUGUUUUACUGCCGGUACGCCUGCCUUGAGACCUAGAUUUUUUUGAAAACUAGGGUCGAUCUCGCGAAGAAAGCCGAAAGUGUGGCUCGGAAGAAUCUUCUUAGCUUCGGAACGUGCUUCGGCAAAUUUUCGAAGGGAGGCAAAUUCCGUCUACAUAUUACCGCUCUCCCAUACCUAGCUCCGUACGCGAAGAAUCGAAUAUGGGUAAAGCCAGCGGCUGAGCAACACUUUCUUUAUGGUCAACAUGUCUUGAAGUCAGGCCUGGCACGCGUUUCCGAAGACAUCCCCCAGUAUGACGGCGCCGUUAUAAUGAGUAUGAACGAUAUUCCCUUGGUAAGUGGUGUCAUUGUCUUUUUCACUGUCAUAGGGAUUUGGCGUGGCCGCUAAAUCAACAUCGCAAAUGAAGAAUACUGACCCGAUGACCAUUAUAGCGUUUCAUCAAGCAGAUAUCGGAGAGUACAUCCGCAGCGAAGAAACGAUCGUAUGA